UUCCAUGGUGACGGAAAUUGUAAAUGUCAGCCCUGUAUAUCACACUCUCUGGGCUCUACGCUCCUUCAGAAAACUACAGAACCCUUCCUCUGCUACCUCGGGGACUUAAACAGUUGUACAGUAUUAAUUUAAUCUUUUUUGCAAUGAGGGUUCUCCCCACUUCUUCAACCCAAUGCUGCACAAAUACAGAAGUUGCAUGGUACAGGCGGCCUUUCUUGCGGUCAGUAAGUCAUAGUUGUUCGAUGAACCACACUCUACCAAAGGCACAUAUGUUCUGGACAUACGUGAUGUUUCCACAUAAGGACAGAGCUCGGGCAAAGAUGGACAGGAGAAAGCAACUUGUUCCUGGGAUGGAGUCGCCGACAGAAACGGAAAACCAAGCAGCAGGAAUGCUGAGGGAGCUGGCCCUGAAGUGGUUCACAGAGACCCAGGCACCACUCAUUCUACACAACGGAAGCUUGCCUGACUGGUUCCAUGGAAUCAUCACCAGGAAGGAUGCAGAAGAUCAGCUCAAAGAUAAACAGCUUGGAUGUUUUCUCAUCAGGCUCAGCGAUAGAGCUAUUGGAUACAUUCUUUCAUACAAGGGAAAAGAUCGCUGCCGUCACUUUGUUAUCACCCAGAAUAAGAAUCAGCAUUUCAUCGUUUCUGGAGACACAGAGACCCAUGCAAGUCUAACAGAUUUGAUCCUUUAUUACAAGACCAGUGCUAUCGAGCCUUUUGGAGAGUACCUUUCAUUGCCCUGCACCCAUAAUCCUGAGAAUUGCUUGUAUGAUGAAAUUAAUUUCAGUGUAAAAAAUGACUCUGGUGUAUCUGUAAAAACUGUAAGAGGUUUGUGGGACCAGAAGACUGAAACAUUUCAGAGUGACAAGACGGAAGAUGCAAAGGGGCCACCUUUACCGUCAAAAAAUACCAAAAAAAGACUGACAGCACUCUUAUCACUGGAGGGCCUUCCGUCCUUUGAACAGGGUUCGGACAAAGCCCCACCUCUGCAAAAUAGAAGUAGCUCACCUUUGAGAAACCUCUCCAGUGGAUCCUCUGAUGAAAAAGUCCAGCCGGCCAACAAUAUCCUAUAUGCACAGCUUGAUAAUAAAGUGAUUCGAGAAAAAGCUAACUACAAGCAGAUGGGGGACAACACAGUCCACGCUGAGAAGGGAAGGAGUAGUCCUCCUGCAGAAAAUAGCCUUUAUUCUCUGGCAAAGGAACCCAGCCAGGUCUGCUGCCAGAUAUCUGAGCCUAGAUUUUGCCCUAAAACUGUGUAUUCUGAACUGGAUUUGGACUCCAGAAGUAAAUCCCUGCCUGCACUGGAGGAUCUUCAGAUUACAGAUCAUAGUAACUUCAAACUGUGCACCCCUCCUUCAACUCCACCCAAACUGUCGCCUAAAACACCAAGCAAAUCCAGCUGUUUCUCCAUCCCUGAAGAAGGUACCUUCUCAGACCGGCAUUUCAAACACAACCCCUCACCAUACUCCACCAUCACUGGGAACAUCAGUGGGGAUGGAUUUAAAAAAAAAAGCGACAACCCACUCUAUGAUUCUCAUGAAGGAAGUAAUUACGAGGAGAUCCCAACGAGGCAGCCACCGUUCCCCCGGGAGACUGGUUUCAGCCACCAUUAUCCGGAGGCACCCCGGCGUCAGAUGCCAACACCACCGCCUGACAACACCUACGAUCACGUUCCCAACGAGCCAGUUCCCAAGCAGUUAUUCCUGGAGAACACCUACGAGCAGAUUCCAGAAAGGGUUACCAAAAGCUUGCCUUUGGCAGACAACACUUACGAGACACUGCCUGACAGCUUUUCCAAACAUUUGGAUGCAAGUUCAGUACAAAAGAAUGACAAACGGAGGAGAUUCUUUGCAGACAGGAAGAACAAAUAAUACACCUUUGGGAAAUAUUAAUGUUCUGACAACCAGAAAAAUAAACAUACACUAUUUGUAUUUGUGAAAUAUUAUGACUGUUUGUAACUUCAACAAAGCUGGCAAAGUUAAACACUUCCAUAUCUAAAAAAUACAUGUAUAACACUAUUAAGAAUGUCUAAACAAAACCUGCAAUAGACAGUGUGUAUCUUUAAUAUCCUUUUAUUUAUAGUGCCAAUAUUUAAUUCACUCUUAAAC